AAUAAACAGCAAAAUAAAUAAAUAAACGGGAAGUUUUUUUUUUUAGAACAACAGGAAGAUAGUUAGUUAAUUAAUUAAUUAAUUAGGCAAAGUUGUGCUUUGUGGUGUUUGUUAUCCAGGGUUGGGGAACUUAAGACCUGCAAAAAGCAGGGGAACUUUUUUUUUUUUAAUUGAUUAUUUUGGCCAUAAACCUAAAUAGUCUCCAUCGCUCUCCCUUGGAAAGUUUGAUUCUGUUAAAAAACUCUACUGGAUUUUCUGUUUUUCUCAAGAAAAUCCAACAUUUUCCAUGAAAUUUGUGGAAAAAAAAAAUUCCUUUCUGUAAUCCAUGAAAGUGAUCCUUCUUUGGAAUUUUGCUCUUUGUAAUACCCGUUUGAUAAAGUUUGAUGUCUGUGCCAGAUAAGGAGAUCUCAACCGUUGAAGACUGUGUUGGUGCCGGUGGUGGAAAUGGAGGUGAUGAUGGUGAUGGUGAUGAUGACGAUGAGAGUGGUGGGGUCCAAGGAAGAGAUGAGCAAAAACCGAAGAAGAGAGCCAAAUGGCAUGGCUGUUAUGGGUUUUCAAUGAAUUUUGGAAAAGCCAGACACUUGGUCCUUGGUCCAUUCACCAAGGCCCAAAGAAAACGCUCCAGAAAAACCCAUAUAAAGGCUUCUUCUAAUUCUUCUGCACUUGUUGCUGCCCCAAAUGCUUCUAGUUCCUCUUCUUCAGGUAAAGGUUGUUGCUUAUGUAUCAAGAAAUCUGGAAUUGGGGAAUCAUCUUUUGGGUCUCCAACUAGUGAUCCCAAUGAUCCAACCUUUACUUAUGAUGUGCUGAAAGUUUUGAUUGAGAGGAAUGAUUUCUAUUCCAAAGAAUGCAAUUCCCAUUUAGAUGAUUCUAAAUCAUGUUGUAGAGAAUGAGGUCAAUUCAUAUUUUUCUGUUCUAUAAUUUAUUGAUGAUAACAAUGUCUUUGGAAGCAACGCUUCAAAAUUUUCUCAAGGAGUUUGAAAAAGAUUAUACUGAGUUUCUAUAUUGAGUAUAGAAAAGUUU